GAUUGCUCCUCCCUCCUACCCUACUGAUAAUCUUGGUAACUGUACAUCCCCAACCUUGUCUCACUCCAAAAACAAACACCCUCAUAAAAUAGUAUCUUUUUCCCCGCCUCCUUAUCUUAAUCCUUCGCUCUCUCUCAAAGAUGGCAGCCCCCGCUGAGAUCGUCCCGCUCAAGACGGACCCGAAAUAUGACGACUACGACUUCCCAACCGUCUCCGCCACGAACCAGCCUGGGCAUGCUGGGCACCUCACGCCGGAGCAGGAGGCUCAGGUGCACCAAUUGAGGAUGUCGUUGGAGCAGAAGGGGUUCACGGAGCGUUUGGAUACUUUGACUCUGUUGAGAUUCUUGCGUGCACGGAAGUUCGAUGUUGCCCUCGCGGAGGUGAUGUUCGUUAACAGCGAGGGCUGGAGGAAGGAGAUCAACCUCGACGACCUGGUCCAGAACUUCGAGUACACCGAGAAGGCCCAGAUCUUCGAAUACUACCCCCAAUACUACCACAAGACCGACAAGGAUGGCCGCCCCGUCUACAUCGAGCAACUCGGCAAGUGCGACCUAACCGCCAUGAACAAAAUCACCACCCAAGAGCGCAUGCUCCAAAACCUCGCCGUCGAGUACGAAAAAGUCUCCGACCCCCGCCUCCCCGCCUGCUCCCGCAAGUCGGGCCACCUCCUCGAAACCUGCUGCACAAUCAUGGACCUCAAGGGCGUCGGGCUCGCCAAGAUCUCCUCCGUCUACGGAUACGUCAAGGAGGCCUCUGCUAUGUCGCAAAACCACUACCCCGAGCGCCUCGGACGCCUCUACCUCAUCAACGCCCCAUGGGGAUUCAGCUCCGUCUUCGGCAUGAUUAAAUCCUUCCUCGACCCCGUUACUGUGGAGAAGAUCCACGUCCUCGGCAGCGGAUACCAGAGCCAGCUUCUCGCGCAGGUCCCGGCUGAGAACCUGCCCAAGCAGUUCGGCGGAUCGUGCGAUUGCGAGGGCGGAUGCGGGUUCAGCGAUGCGGGACCAUGGAAGGAGGCGGAGUUCUCCAGGCCGCCGAAGUGGGCGAAGAAGAGCGGUGAGGAGAAGAAGGAAGAUGCGGCUGUGAUUGAUACUACGGAGGGCAAGGGCGAGACUGUGCCUGCUACUGCUACUGCUACUGCACCUAUCCCAGAGGCGGGUGGUGUGGCGGCAGAGGCCCCGGCGAAGGAGUUUACGGACCAUGGCAUCACACCUGCUUGAGUUGUUGGAUGAUGGAUGAACCUACAAAUGGGUGCGUAUAAAGUGCGGUAGAACAUAACGAGAUUACGAUGGGGUCUCGAUGGGAGGAGGGAAGAAAUUCAACAUUGAGACCUUGGAAUGCAAAUGCAAGCGUAGACUAAGAAUGCGACUCGAGAAUUCGCCGUUUUGUUUUUGUUUGUUUGUAGAGGUGAGAGGUCUGACGGAUGCGGUGUUGCUGAUCAUUUGAAGCCUUUGUCUGUCUUUUGUUGUAUCUAUGAGCGUAAUAUAUAUGAUUCCACACGACUGGAUGGGGG